CGGCUUCGCACUUCCUGGCGGAGCCAUGGCUGCGCAGCAGGACGGACCCGGGGCUCCGGCGACCCGGCCCCGCCGCCGCGCCCGCCCGGUCCCGCCACCGCCGGGGGUCCCCGCGCCGCUCCCGUAGCGCGCCCUCCAGCCAAAGCCUUCAAAGAAGGAGAAGCCCGCCUCGGGAUCAAGCAUCAAAAGGGCUGCGGUCUCUUUUAUGAUGGAGGGAAGCCGGCAGACGCGAGUGUCACGGCCGUACAAGAUCAGCGAAUCCUCAAAGGUGUACCACUGGGCCGACCACUCGAGCACGGUGCUGCAGCGGCUGAACGAGCAGCGUCUGCGCGGGCUCUUCUGCGAUGUCGUCCUGGUGGCGGACGAGCAGCGCGUGCCGGCCCACCGCAACCUGCUGGCCGUGUGCAGCGACUACUUCAACUCCAUGUUCACCAUCGGCAUGCGCGAGGCCUUCCAGAAGGAGGUGGAGCUGGUCGGCGCCUCCUCUGUCGGGCUCAAGGCCGUGGUGGACUUCCUGUACGGCGGGGAGCUGGCCCUGGACGGCGGCAACAUCGACUACAUCCUGGAGACGGCCCACCUGCUGCAGAUCUGGACGGCGGUGGACUUCUGCUGUGAGUACCUGGAGCAGGAGGUGAGCGAGGACAACUACCUGUACCUACAGGAGCUGGCCUCCAUCUACAGCCUCAAGCGGCUCGACGCCUUCAUCGACGGCUUCAUCCUGAGCCGCUUCGGCACGCUGUCCUUCACGCCCGACUUCCUGCAGAACGUGUCCAUGCAGAAGCUGUGCGUCUACCUGAGCAGCAGCGAGGUGCAGCGGGAGUGCGAGCACGACCUGCUGCAGGCCGCCCUGCAGUGGCUCACGCAGCAGCCCGAGCGCGAGGCCCACGCCUACCAGGUGCUGGAGAACAUCCACUUCCCGCUCAUCCCCAAGAACGACCUGCUGCACCGCGUCAAGCCGGCCGUGUGCUCGCUGCUGCCGCGGGAGGCCAACUGCGAGGGCUUCAUCGAGGAGGCGGUGCGCUACCACAACAGCCUGGCGGCCCAGCCGGUCAUGCAGACUAAGCGCACGGCGCUCCGCACCAACGAGGAGCGCCUGCUCUUCGUGGGCGGCGAGGUCUCCGAGCGCUGUCUGGAGCUCAGCGAUGACACCUGCUACCUGGACGCCAAGAGCGAGCAGUGGGUCAAGGAGACGCCCCUGCCGGCCCGGCGCAGCCACCACUGUGUCGCUGUGCUGGGGGGGUUCAUCUUCAUCGCCGGCGGCAGCUUCUCCCGGGACAAUGGAGGGGAUGCGGCGUCCAAUCUUCUUUAUAGGUAUGACCCCCGCUGUAAACAGUGGAUCAAGGUAGCCUCCAUGAACCAGCGCCGCGUGGAUUUCUACCUGGCCUCCAUUGAAGACAUGCUGGUGGCCGUCGGCGGCCGGAACGAGAAUGGAGCUCUUUCCUCGGUGGAGACUUACAGCCCCAAGACCGACUCCUGGUCCUACGUGGCUGGCUUGCCAAGGUUCACCUACGGCCACGCGGGCACCAUCUACAAAGAUUUUGUGUACAUCUCAGGGGGCCACGACUACCAGAUCGGCCCCUACCGCAAGAACCUGCUGUGCUACGACCACCGGACGGACGUGUGGGAGGAGCGGCGGCCCAUGAGCACAGCGCGGGGCUGGCACAGCAUGUGCAGCCUGGGGGACAGCAUCUACUGCAUCGGCGGCAGCGACGACAGCAUCGAGUCCAUGGAGCGCUUCGAUGUGCUGGGCGUCGAGGCCUACAGCCCGCAGUGCAACCAGUGGACCCGCGUGGCCCCCCUCCUGCACGCCAACAGUGAGUCGGGGGUGGCCGUGUGGGAGGGCCGCAUCUACAUCCUGGGCGGCUACAGCUGGGAGAGCACGGCCUUCUCCAAGACCGUGCAGGUGUACGACCGUGACAAGGACAAGUGGAGCAAGGGCCCCGACCUGCCCAAGGCCAUCGCCGGCGUGUCCGCCUGCGUGUGCGCCCUGAAGCCGCGGCUGGAGGACAAGAAGAAGAAGGGCAAGGGCAAGAGGCACCAGGACCGGGGCCAGUGACGCCCCCGCACCCCCCUCCCCCACCCCCACCCCCCCUGCCUGCGCCUGGCGGGGACCUGGUCCCCGCCACCACCUGCCAGAGUGUCUAGACCAGCAACAACUUCGUAGCAUCCUGGAACCAUGAUAUACUUCUUAGCAGCUUUUUUUACUUUUAUGAUUCUUGAUAUUUCUAUGAUAUCACAGUAACCGAUUAAAUAUUCUGUAUAAUUUUACAUAUUAUUUUGCUUGAAUAAUUAAACCCGGGCCCAGGCAGAAAACAGCCCCUCAUCUCUGUGCAGGGCUUCUUCCCUCGUUCUGAGUCUCCCCGAGGAUGCCACCUCACUGCCCCCCGCUGAAGUACCUAGGGCAGGGCUUAUGCAGAAAUUUUUGUGAGCGAAACUAGGGGCCGUGGUGGGGAUAGCUGGGAUCCCCCAGUCCAUGCCUCUCUCAGCUUGGCUGAGCUGUUGGAUUCCUGGGCCCCACCUCAGAAUUAUCCAUUCUAAAACUACCAGGAGUAGGGGCAGAGGGGGUGCCUGGAAACGAACCAAUUUCCAGAAUGACUGAGCACUGUCCACAUUUGGCCAUCAUGGGCAACGUCAAGUGCGUUCAUGUUUAUGAGUGGGGACUCCGAGGCCCCCCCACAGGGCAAGACCUGGGACUUCUCACCAGGGAGACGUUCCCACCAGGAUUUCCUGAUCUGGUGACUGUUGUUUAUGAGUAGUCCCGUUUUCCUGAUGGGUAAUCUUCCUGAAUUCUAAAAGGGUCCAGGUAAUCAAGAAACUUAAAAAAAAAAAAAAAAGGCAUGAAACUCUUAAACAUUUUUCUGUAACGUGUGCUUUUUUUCCCCUGAACCCACUGUUUUCUUAUGUUACUGACAUACUGAGCCCCCAAAAUCUGUUCAUUUCUCAGGAAAGAAAAAGUGGCCAUCCUAGAAUUUGCCAUUGUUUUCUCUGGCUUGGCUCCAAGAAGCCCUCGACAGCCCCUCCAUGAGUGAGCCGAGCACAUCUUGCUCCCUAAGGAGGAUGUCAGGUACCCACCCCCUCCCCAACUCAGCCGUCCACUGCGAAGUCGUUUUGUGCUGCUGGGCAAAUUCUUUAACAAGUCCUAGCUGUUCCCUCAUUCAUUGCGCGGUGGGCCAAAAUCACUGCCUCCCAGGGCUCGGUGCCUUCAGUCCGUAUAAGCUAUUAAUGUGUGUUCAGCACCUCCUCUUGCGAUGUGUGACCGCCCCGCGCUGAUUUCUGCAGGUAUCACUAACUGUGUGCCCUCGGAGGUCAGCUGGGGACCCCUGCCCCAGCUGCCGUGGACACAAGGAUAUGGGAAGAGAAGCGUGCUUGCCGAGGGAGGCGUUCACGAUCUUUGCCUUGACAAAGAUCAGAUUGCAGAGAUGAGAACACCUCAAGAUUUAUUGUUAACCUUGGUAUUAGACUAUGAAUCUCCGUUAACUUAUUUCCUUAAAAAAAAAAAAAAAAAAAAAGAUCUCUUUACUGUACUUCUUUUCCUUUCCCUUAAAGGAUUACUGUGAUUUUGAGUGGCUUGGGUGUUGAAAGCUUCAGUACAUAAAUCAGUGCCCUCCGUCGUUAGUGGGGCAAGGGGUCUGCUGACUUGGCUAGUUCCGUGCAUGCGGAAGUCCCUAGAGGCUUCCAAACUGUUGAGAGGUUCUGCAAGGCAUGCAAACAAUCAAACCAAAAACUAUACGCUCUUCAUGGAGCUCCACAGUACUUCAGUGUAUUAAAGUCUCUGGGAAGUCCCACAUUAACUGUUAACCUUCCAUCAAUCCAGUGUUUCCAAACUUCACUGAGCCCAAAACCCUUUUUUUGUCUCAUACCUUGUCCAGCCCUCCACAAAAUGUUCUGCAGAACUUCUGCCAACUUUGGGAUAGCUUACCCCCUUCCUAUUCCAGGGAAGAUAUUACUAUUAGAGGACCCUUUGGAAGGCAUGGAACAUGUGGUCUGUGCUCAGUCAUAAAGAGGUGGUUGUUCAACCAGAGUCCAGGGGAAGGUGGGGAAGAGCACGUAGAUUCCAUGUGUGCUUUGGGGAGCAGGAUGGCUUUGACCUUGGGAAGAGGAGAGACGUCCAUUUUUAGCUUAAGCCCGCUCUCUUAUUUUUGACUACCGUGACGUGUCCCUGGAUAACAGUGCAGUGCUGGUCGCUACUCAACUCUCUUGUGCCUUGUGGGUUCCGUACAGUGUCCUGCACCUCAUACUUCGUGGUGUCACUCUUGCCACUCUGAAGGCAGGCUUUUCAUUUACGGGGUUUAGGUUCCAAUAUGGUUAGGCCUGGGAGUGUUCUUUCAAAGGUAAGGUUGAUCAGUUUCUUCUCGUGGGCUGGCUUCACGUGAUUGGUGGUGGUUUCCCUGUGUGAAGAAAGGUUGUUGAGCCUAUCGGUGUCAAGGGAAAGGAGCGUCAACGACCAGGGGGCAGCAUCUGCCCAGACGCCGGGCAGCAUGGUGGUGGGACCCAUGACAGGUAGCUGCUGUCCGAUGUUUUUAAGAUGGCAGUCACCCUGCUGUGCCGUCCAGCGGAGAAUGGGAGAAGAUGCUGUUUAACCCAGUUGGGCGGUCCGCUUGGGGAUGCACUCCUGCAGGUGGCCAUCUGAGCGGCAGAAUCUCAGUGGUGUGGUUUCCUACCGCAGGGACAAAGGUUGUUGGAGAACACCAGAAUCGCUUCUUUGGAUCUUUCAAAAUAAGCAUAGUGGGCUUUCAUUCAGGUUUUUUGGGUUUUAUUCUCACUUUUAAAGAACUAGAGUUUUCACUUCAUGUCAGUUGUAUGUUUUGAGUUUGAUCCUCACCCAAGUUGGCACCUUGUUUGCUUAAGACGUGACUGUCACGCUAGAAGGGAGGGGAAUAGAAGGCUGAAGAGUCCUGGUUACUUCUUCCUGCUGUUUAAAUAUACAGAGCUUGUCUUAGCAAGUUGUGUGUUCGUACGGCUUAAUCGGUAUUUUUAAUGUUUUCGAUGUUAAGUGUUAGCGUUUUAGCAUUUUAGAAAGACUGCCCGGUAGGACUUUCAGAUCUUGAUCUGAGCAGAAAACCUCGUGUGUGAAUUAUAUUCUGAAUGCUCCUCCCCUUGCUCUUUAAUGAUAAGGUGACCUCAUGGUGACUUAGUAGAAACCCCAGAAGCCAACCCUAAGGGGUGUUCAGUUUUGGGUGGAGACCGAAAUGCCAAAGGGAGUGGGGUCCCAGUUCCUCCUCUGAGCUCCAAGAUCCCACUCGGUGAGCUCAGGUGAGUUAACCUGUGGUUCCAAAUACCUGGCCCCUCAGCCAGGUGACCUUUCAGUGGUUUGCAGCAAUGUGGGAGGUGAAAGAUCCCCCAACCCCACCCCCAGCCCCUGGUAGAGUUGUCAGGCUUCAUCUUUACCCUGGUCCUCCAUGGCAUGUGGCUUAGCCCAGCAGCUGCCGAAGGAGUACCUCCCGGGCCUUCUGUCUCUCAGAGCUUUCGGCUGGAAUCUCAGACCACUGGCCCUGCCCCUGGAGGGGCAGUUCCAUCCUUGGCCUCUCCAUGGAUUCCGAGUGUCUUCAGAGGGGCGGGGAGGGGGUCGUGUCCUGGCCCCCAGAAUAAACCUCUGGAGCGUAGGGCAGCUCCACAGGCCCUCGGAGAUCCUGCCCUGUGCGUCUGCCAAGCCUGGCAGUUUUUAAAGUUUUUUGAAAUGUUUUGAUACUUUUUGAUACCAUUUGCUAAUAACCGUUUUGUAGGUUGCUGCCGGGGUUUUCCACUUCACGUCGCCCCCACUCCCUGCCCCCUUCCCCCCCGCCGUCGCCACCCCCUUGAGCUUGCACUAGACAGCAGGUGCCCCCCGGGUCAGCACUGGGACCUCGCCCACCUCCAGUGGCUUUGUCUUGGAUCUUGCUCUCCUCUGUGGCUGCGAUCUGAUCCAACUCUUGAAUUCUGUAAGGUCCUGCGUGGCCCACCUGGCCCUGCCCGGCCUGUGACUAUGACCGCCUUAGGCCCCCAACUGAGCAAGAGGGCACUGAUUUGCCAAGAAGACAUUCUCAUUCCCUUAAGAUAUUCUGCAUUUCUCCUGAAGCUCCUACCUCAGCGGUGUGCACAGAGGUGAAACCAUCCCUGAGGACUGACCCACGUGUCACCUUUCUCAUACGGGUCAUUGCUCAACCCAGGGCUUGCCCGGGUCCCCAUCCGCUCCCGUCCACCCCGCCUAAAGACGUCUUCAGCACGAAGUCUCUAACAGUGAACCAUCCUGCACUUUACAGAAUGACUGCCCUCAGCUUGGAAGUGAGUUCCGCUCUUUUGUAACAGGAAUAGAAUUUAUGUUCUGUCCUUCUGAGGGUGUGUUGGGGUCUCAAGAAACUGUCUUUCAGUUGCCUUAGUUAAAAGAGGUCAAUGAAUGUACAAAUGUGAUGGUGGAACGGGGCAGAGGGGAUCAACCUUCUGUGUCCGUUUUCUUUGAGAAAAGGCGCUCCACUUCUCAAAGCGGUUUGCUUGCAGUGGAAGGAAGACUGGAAUCCUUUGGGGUCAACUGAAGUCAGUCAUCACCACCAGCCCCCACCCCCACCC